AUGGCACAGAAACAUGCAGCGGCUGGCACCAAGGUGGCACAGCGAUCUGCAGCAGCUGGCACCACAGUGGCACAGAGACCUGCAGCGGCUGGCACUGCAGUGGCACAGACGCCUGCUGCUGCUGGCACCACAGUGGCACAGUGUCCUGCAGCGGCUGGCACCACAUUGGCACAAAGACCUGCACCGGCUGGCACCACAGUGGCACAGAGACCUGCAGUGGCUUGCACCACAGUGGUACAGAGACCUGCACCAGCUGGCACCAUGGUGGCACAGAGACCUGCAGCGACUGGCACCACAGUAGCACAGAGACCUACAGCAGCUGGCAGCACAGUGGCACAGAGACUUGCAGCGGCUGGCACCAGUAUGGCACAGAGACCUGCAGGGGGUGGCACCACAGUGGCACUGAGCUGCAGCAGCUGGCACCACGGUGGCACAGAGACCUGCAGCAGCUGGCAACACAGUGGCACAGAGACCUGCAGCGGCUGGCACCACAUUGGCACAGAGACCUGCAAUGCCUUGCACCACAGUGGCACAGAGACCUGCAGCAGCUGGACCACAGUGGAACAGAUGCCUGCACCGGCUGUCACCACGGUGGCACAGAGACCUGCAGUGGCUUGCACCACAGUGGCACUGAGACCUGCAGCGGCUGGCACCACAGUGGCACAGAGACCUGCAGUGGCUGGCACCACAGUGGCACAGAGACCUGCACUGGCUUGCACCACAGUGGUACAGAGACCUGCAGCAGCUGGAGCACAGUGUAACAGAGACCUGCACCAGCUGGCACCACGCUGGCACAGAGACCUGCAGCAGCUGGAACCACAGUAG